UUCCACUCAGUGUGUGUGUAAGGACAGUAUUAAUAGUGCUUGCUUAAAAAAAAAAUAUACUGAUCAGGUUUAACUGAUCAAUUACUUUGUGGAUUUAAAUGAUUUUGGUGUACUUUUCAUUUAAUACAAACACACUGUAGUUUUUAAAACUAAUGAGGAUACAUUUUUCUUCCUAUAAAAAAAAAAGAAUUUAAGGCUCAAAAUGUCCAGAAAAAAGAUAAUAGUUAUUUUCAUUGUGGGUAUUUUAUUUGCUGCCAUUGGUGGAGCCUUGUUCCCAUUGAUAGAUUAUUUUAUACAAGAAGAAAUAAAAAAGAAAAUGGUCAUCUCUAACACCAGUGAAACAUAUGAUAUCUGGCAAGAUGUCCCAGUCCCUGUGUACAUGCAGUUCUAUGUCUUUGAUCUGGACAAUCCUGAAGAAGUCAAGAAUGGAGAUAAGCCUUCUUUAAUACAGAGAGGGCCGUACACCUACAGAGAAAGAAGGACAAAGUUUGAUAUAGUUUGGAAUGACAAUGGAACAGUUACCUAUAAACAGAAUCGUACAUUUCACUUUGUUCAAGAAAUGUCAAGUGGCACUGAAACAGAUAUGAUAACCACAGUAAACCCAAUAGUUGCUGUCAUUGCUCACAGUUUCAAAUGGAUGCCCUCACUUGUAAAAACUAUAGUUUCUGAAGUGCUAGGACUAGAUGGUGAAAAUUUAUUUAUGACAAGACCAGUAGAAGAAGUUUUGUGGGGCUAUGAUGAUCCUUCUUUGGUCCUUCUGAAUAAAAUGAUCCCUGCUUGGUUUCAAACUACUUUCAUUGGAUAUUUCAUGCGGAGAAAUUAUACAGAUGAUGGUUUAUAUACUGUGCACACUGGUGAAACUGACAUAGGGCUAGUGGGGAUAAUAUCUAGAUACAAUGGAGACAGUGCUGUUAAUGUCUGGUCUACUCCAUGGGCUAAUAUGGUCAAUGGAACAGAUGGAACCUUAAGUCCUCCUUUGGAUUUAGACAGACAUGUUGCUCAAAUAUUUGUGUCAGAUGUGUGCAGGUCAAUCCGAGGAGUUUUCAAAGAGGAAGUGACCUUACCACAAGGCAUUGAUCUUCGUCGCUAUGGAGGGGAUAAGAAUGACAUGCUGAAUGCCUCAGCUAAUAAAGACAACAUUGGUUUCUGUAUCCCUCAGACGGAUUGUCUCCCCACUGGUUUGUUGAACUCAACAACAUGUCAAGAACCAGUUGAUGGUUUUCCACUACCCAUAAUUGUUUCCUUUCCACACUUCCUGUACGCUGACCCUGAUGUAAUAAACAGUUUCAUUGGUCUACAGCCAAAUGAAGACGAGCAUCAAACCCUUAUUGACAUAGAGCCAUGGACUGGUCUUGUCUUACAAGCAGCAAAACGACUACAGAUAAAUAUAUUUAUUGAACAAGUUCCUUAUAUAAAACAGACGGAUGGUAUAAGAAAACUGUAUUUUCCAGUAUUUUGGCUUAAUGAGAGUUCAGUCACAGAUGACGAGCAUGCCAAUUUGUUGAAGAGUGAACUCUUUACUCCCAUGAUGAUUGCUGACAUUGUGAAAUAUUCUCUUCUAGCUCUUGGUGGCUUCUUUGUUCUACUUGCAGUGGCCCUGUUGAUCCAUAAUAAGUGUAAACACGAGAGUAAAUCAGAAAGUGUUACACAGAGCAGGGAGAACCACUCUGCUCGUGAAGAUGAUACUACUGCACCGUUUCUGAAGAGUCGCAGUGUUACAUAUGAUGACCCACUUCCUGGAUCAAGCACUUUAGGAAAUAGCUAUCAGCAAGUGAGCACAUCGUCUAGCCAAGGCAUCCCCCAUGACAGUGUUGGUGGGUUCCAAGAUGAGCAAAGAAAUCUACUUCCUUCAGAUACUGAGCAGACGUCAGUGAGCACAUCGUCUAGCCAAGGCAUCCCCCAUGACAGUGUUGGUGGGUUCCAAGAUGAGCAAAGAAAUGUACUUCCUUCUGACACUGAGCAGACGUCAGUGAGAACAGGUGACACACAGGUUGCCCAAGGCAACAAUUUGCAUGCUGAAAAUGAGCCCAAUAGAACUUAACUACUUUGAACAAAGCUUUUUCUAGAACUAGGAAGUAAUGCCUUUAAUCAACAAACAUUGUAAUCAAAUGCUGAAGCCUGUGAUCAUUAAUACUCUGUAGUCUGUUUAUUUUACUGAUACUAUUACAUGCUUGUUUGUGAAAUGUUUUGUUGAUAAAUAAGCAAAUAGAAAAAAAAGAAGAUUAUAAAUACUCUUUUGAUGUAUAUUUAAGGGUACAGUUAUCCACAUUAAUGGUAUACUUGUCUCUUUAAAUAUAUGCUGAUAUGCUUUGAGUCAUUCUUGACACUUUUUUUGUGCUGUAGCUUAAAGAUUAUAAUUUUUUAAUAAAAAUAGUUCAUCCGUGGAAAUUGAUAAGCUCUCCAUUGAUGUGUUUCAGGCAAGAAAGGAUGAUGGACGACAAAUGUAAAACACUUUACAUGCAAUGACCUUCCUUUCGGCAGCAAAUUAUGUAAAUUUAAUUGCGAUUUCUAGAUUCUACAUCUUAAACAUUUGUAGAUCUAGUAACAUUUUUUUUAUACUGAUCUUUAUGCUUAAUAAACAACAUGGAUUUUUAUUAGUAAUUUUUUUUUGUAAAAUUUCUUAUUUCUAAAAAGUUGUAAACCCUUUUAUAACAUUCUGUAAAUAUUCUUGUAACUAUUUGGUUUUAUAUCUAAAGUAUACCAAUUUUGAAGUAUUGUACAAGUCUUUUAAAACAGAAGUGUUUUUUUGAAAUAUGAGAGUUUUUACUCAGUAGUGCUUCUAUAUCUAUGUAUUUGUUUCUAAAGAUUCUGUUUAUGUAAAAGGUAUAUCUUUCUUUCUCUCUGUGUUACAAAUAUUAGGCACAUGUGUGAAGCAUCAAAGGCAAACACGCUUUGUACUCAAAACUGAUAUUAGAACAUUAUAAUUUCUAUAAAAGAUUUAGAAAGACUUUGGUGACUGUUUUGGGGUGAAAGAGUCUUCCAUGGUAUCUAUUACCCCCAAAAUAUUUUUACUUAAUUACAUGUUCUAUUUGAAUUAUUAUGUUUUUUAAUGAUUUUUUAUUCUUUGCUUUUGUAACAAUGACUUUUGAUUUUUUAUGCAUAAAACAUUCCAAAUAGAGCUUAAAAAUUGUAUAAUAAUGCAUUAUAGAUAUUGCAUGUAAGUUUACAAAUAUGUUAUAUAAAAUAUACACUUAAGAUAUACACUGUUCUAUGCAUAAAAUGAACAUAGUUGUUUUUUUAUAUACUGAUACAUAAAAUGUACACAAGAGUUUGUUCUACACAUAAAAUAAUACAAACAAAUACUGGUAUGUAAGAUAUACAUUAUAUGAAUAUAUGAGUUUAUUCUUGUAAAUGUAGAUUUUUAAGUAAUCUAUGAUUUAUACAUGCCAGUGUCAUAAUCAGCAAGCUUAUUAAGUAAUAGUGAGCCAGUAAGUUUAUUUUUAUCGAACAAUAUUUUUUCUUUAGUUUUCUAAUAUGAAAAAAAACCCACCACGGAUUGAUGAAACAAAAAAGGUUGUGUAAAACUACAUAAACUUACAACUAAAACAAUUGAGUGAUUAAUAUUUCAAAACAGACACACAUGACUUGCUCAGAUACACAUCUUUUCCCCUUACCCUUUUGACUUCUGUUCAAAUGUUAAAUGCAAGCUUUGAGUAGCUUUGAAUGUGAAAUGUGACUUCCCUGACCUAACCACCAGGGCCGUAACUAGGGAUUUGGGGGCCCGGGGGGGAUCUUCAAAUUCUCCCCCUCCUCCUCCCCCCACCCUGCUAACCACUCAUGGUGCAUGGGCCAGUGUUCAUGAUCAAAACAAACAAUCUAAGGCUGCUGCUCAGUAGCAUCGCAGAAUAUUUUAAAGUUUUUGUUUUGAGAUUUCAGAAAUGUAAUAGUUUUCUUUGAUGCUUUCUAUAUAUAAGGCAUUAUCUGUGAGCCCUUUUUUAUAUUGUAAAGUACCCCUUUCAGAUCCUUAAGAUCUAUAUUGGCAGAUGAUGUAAAGGUCAUCUGUUUCUUUGGCCUACAGUUACAGAGCCAGCACAAUGACCAACCAUCUUUACUUUCCCCAACUAAAGUCAUAUACUCUUUGGCGUUGGUUGGUUCUCGCCAAUCAGGCUGUCCCUCCACAAGAACUUGAUUGUAUCUUUGAAAGAAGUCAUUAUGAUAUACAUCUUAUCUUAUAUAAUACAGCCGUUAAUUCAAAAAAGAAGAUGAUUACAUCCUACACUUCAUGCAUUCAGUCAUGCAUAUUAACCAAUGACUUAAAUUCUGCCAAGUCACUGGUUUUCCUGGCUAGCUCAUUCUUAAUGCACUCUGUGUGUGUGUGUAUAUAUAUGUGGACACAGAAGCAUCCUAAAAAUCCUGAAAUUAAAAAUUGCAGUCUUCAGGAAGAUUUGAACUCGGGGACCUCUUUGUUUGGAAGCCAAGUGCUUUAUUCACUUUAUAUAUAUCCUCCUCUUAAAAUAUCUUCAUUUUGAUGUUCUUUAAAAAAAAAUAUAUAUAAUUAUUUUUGAAAUGACUUUCUAGUGCCAUAGAGCAUGGAAUGCCUCUCAUCCCCAAGUCCCCUCUCUUCUAAUGUCUAUGUCGAAUUUUGUUUAAUUCCCAACAGUGCUGUCAAACCAAGCAAGAAAAAGGUACCUCUUAUUUUACUUAACAUGACUUACAUCAAUAGAUAUUUCAACUUACACUACACAUCUGCAAAAACCUGGCCAAGUUACAUUUUGCUAACUAUUGUUUGGAACAUUAUGAUGGCUGUACUAAACAAAAGCUGUGUCGGUCCAAACAUAUUAUGUUUUAAAAAUGUGUUUUAUAUAUGGUUAAAGAUUUUUGUUUUUGUCUUUCAAAUUCAAUGUGAUAUUUUUACCUGCUAAAAAAUUGUAGCAUAUGCAUUGUCAUUGACUUUAUUACCUUUAAAAUAUUGCAUCUAUCUUUUAUUUAAAAUUGACCACAAUUUUCGCUUCAACAAAUUCUGUCAUACAUUUGUCUCAGGAAUGUUCAUGUUAUUUUCUAACAAGUUUAGUUUCACGUUUUGUUGAUACAGUUAGAAAAAAAAUGUAUUUAUUUUUUUGGUUACAUUUCUGUAUAGAUUUCUGUAAACAAAUAUUUUUUUUCUACUAAUUCAGAACUCUUUUGUCUGUAACUGUUUUUAUUUCAUUGUCACCAAGUUUUCUCGUGCCAUCAAAAUUGGUAUUAAAGGUUUAACAAUGUUGUUAUCUCAUCUUAUAUAAUACAUAAGUUACUUCAAAAAAGAAGAUUUUUACAUCAUCAGGUCUUGUCUGUUCUUUGUAAUAAGUAAUAAAUGCUAAACAUCAGUUUUGCCCUUUUGUUAAUGUUCCACUGGUUAUUGUACAAAUAUGAUUUGUGUUUAUUUAUUAGUUAUUUGUUGUAAAGUGUGUGGGGGGUGGAUUUUUAAAAAUGUUAAACUUUUUUUAUAUUUUGUAUCUUUUAGAGUUGGCCUAUUCUAUUUUAUUUAUUUUUUUAACAAUUUUGUUUUUCUAAAUGUCAUAUAAUGCUAAACACUUAUAAAUUAUGUAAGUGUAACUAUUAAUAAUGUAAGUGUAAUUAUUAAUAAUAAUACCAUUAAUAAAACUAUUAAAAAUGGCCGAUACAACAUCUUAAUAACUUAUUGAUGAUUGAAAGCAAUUCAUUUUAAUUUAUGUUAAAUGUAUGAUUUUUUUUUGAUGAUUUUGUGUCUUUAAUUGAGUGUGUGUGUUUGAGUGUUAUCAACUUCUUUACCUAUGGUCGAGAGGCUAAGUGCACUUGAACUUGGCUUGGCUACCUAUAAAGGGCCUCGAGGUUCAAAACCCGACUCAGACAGAGUUGUGUUUACUAAGUGCCUGACGGCAGAACGGAAAAACCUUCUCCUAAAUACCCCCUCCCCCCACUGGUCCACAACUGAGAUUGGACCAAAGCGCUCUGCUAUAUAAAAGUCAUAAUUAUUAUUAUUUGGUUGCUACCUAUGAAAAAAAAAUGUCUACAUUGACUAACCAAAAUCAGAGCUGCUUACACAAACACAUGAAUCUUAAAUUCACCAUUUGUAUGCUAGUUAAGUGAAGCUAGUUAAGUGAAGCUAGUUAAGUGAUGCUAAUUAAGUGGUGCUAGUUAAGUGAUGCUAAUUAAGUGAUGCUGGUUAAGUGAUGCUAGUUAAGUUGUAGUGUAACUGAGUUGUUUAUUUUCUACGUGCGUCCAGCGUGACGAAAGGUCAUGUCCAGUGUGUGUGUGUGUUCAUAGUAGUUAAGCAAUGUCAUAUGAGAAGUGUUUGUGCUUGUUCACUGUCUACUGCAAUCUUGUCGAAUAAAGCCAUGGUAUUGGUA